UAGGUUAGCUUCAAGAACUAAUGUCAGUGUCAAAGUCCAAAAUAAUAAUGCACAUCUUACAUAUGCUUGUAAGAUAAAUAAAGCAGAACAUACUGUGCAUGCCUUUGCAUGGAUGAAACACAUUUAAGACAACCAACCAAGAUAAAGAUUAUAUUAUCAUAGUCUGGUUAGGUUAGGAUACAGUCGUAGCUGACCUUGAGGUAACUGGAGUUUGGUAGAAUUAAACAAUGUUCAAUUGACCAAGAGAUAUCAUUAUUACUUUGGCUUUGCUGUGAGUGCGACUGAAUAAUUCAAAUAUAUAACAAACCUAAAUAAAUCGUACAGGACUGAACACAUGCGGAGUAUAGCGACAUUCGUUUAGUUAGAUAAAAUAGAAUUUUCAAUAACGUAACAAAGCUUUUGUACUGGAUCACGUAAUGGACAAAUUCUUAUAAUAAUAGCCACAUUAUUUCACAACGUUCAGCUACUCACGUCAGCUGUAAGUACACUUUCAUCUAGUCUUUGUGAUCGCGUUGGCUGAAAAGCAACCAAGCGUCGGGAUUGUGGAGAUAUAAAAUGAUAAAGAACGCGCACUGUUAUAAAACCUUCUCCACGUGAGAAGAGGCCUUUGCUCAGCAGUGGGCUCUGAUAGGCUGAUGAUGAUGAUGAUGACGAUGAUGAUGAUGAUGAUGAUGAUGCGCACUAUCCGAAACUCAGUUUCAUUCAACUUCAAGCUUUUACAAUAAUACUCGAAUAUUAUUUUUACAUAAAAUGAAAAUAUUAACCAAGGAUAUCACGUCAUAUAUAAAAUUGAUCGAACAUGAUAACAAACAAAUAAUAAGAUAACUCAUUAUCACGGAAACUUUAAACCUUUAAAUACAGCGACGAAAUAUAAGACUAUGUUUAGGCGGAUACGAACCAAAAGAACAAUGUCCCGAUAUGAUACUAUAGUUAUCGGUCUGGGAUCUGCGGGAGCCACAGCGGCAUCGACACUGGCUAAGGCCGGCAAGAGAGUGUUGGCGUUAGAGGCUCAGGACAGGGUCGGAGGGAGAGUCCACACAGUGCAGUUCGGAGAUGGAGUGGUGGAACUAGGAGCAGAGUGGAUACAUGGGACAGACACCAGUCCUGUGUACGAGGCAGCGGUCAGAAACAACAUCGCUCUAUUAAAACAGGAGUACGACGAAUCCGUUUAUAAAUCUGAUGGCACUUUGGGAGACAGCGUUAUUCUUGAAAUGAUAUACUUCUGUCUUCAAACGAUGAACACUUCCCCUGAGGAACCUGAACCUCUUGGAAAAUAUAUAACAAGGAAGUUAACGGCGUAUCUGGAAGAAAAGUAUCCCAAUAUCUUGAAUGACACGGAGUUCAUGAAGGAGUUCCUUGAGAUUGCUGAUAUAGUUGUUGACGGAAACGAGGGUUCAAACAACUGGAACGACGCGUCUUCCAACAGGAAGUACGUGCCACUAGGAGGCAGUCAGGACAUGAGCUGGCGCAGGCAUGGAUAUAAGACCUUCUUCGACAUUUUACUGAAUAAAUAUAAGAACGGCCCCGGCUGGCCCACGUUGGACAUUAAAUUGAACAAAGAAGUGAAAUUAAUAAAAUGGCCGAGAGAUUCGUCUGGAGACGUUGAAGUGACAUGUGCUGAUGGAAGUGUCUUCACCGCUGAUAAUGUCAUAGUGACGGUGUCACUCGGAGUGUUGAAGGAGAGACAUCAAGCAUUGUUCUCGCCGGCUUUGCCAGAUGACAAGGUAACAGCCAUUGAAAAAAUACCAAUAGGAGUUGUGGGCAAAAUAAUACUGUCAUUUUCCGAACGCUGGUGGCCAGAAAAGGCGGCUUACAUAUUCCAUUGGCUGAAACCUGAUAAAGAGAAAUACGAAAAGUGGCAGGUUGGACUAAAAGACAUUAGCGCUAUCAAAGGAUCCGACAACACUUUGAAGAUUUGGACUAUAGGAGAGGCGACCAAGUUGAUCGAAACGUUACCGGAGGACGUUGUGAAAGCUAAAAGCAUGGAGGUCGUCCGUAUGUUCCUGGGAAAGAACAUGACAAUACCAGAGCCGACGGGAGUGAUAAGAACCACGUGGUUCUCUAAUCCGUUCACACGGGGCUGUUACUCCUACGACAAUCUGUUGAUGGCGAAGCACCCGAGCGCUAGGGCUGAUCUUGGGGCUCCUCUAACGGACUCGGAGGGAGUCCUACGCGUAUUAUUCGCGGGGGAAGCCACCCAUCCAACCCAAUAUUCAACUGUCCACGGCGCCAGUAACUCUGGAUACAGGGAAGCCACGCGAUUGUUGUCUGCUGAGAAUAAAUAAAUACAUAACUAACA